AUGGAAAACAGUUCUCAGCGAUGCGAAUGCGAUCGGUGGUCCCGUGGUGUAGCGGGACCUAGUCUUUUGCGCAAAGUCUUCAAUACUUCGUCAUCGUCAAGAGGGCUUUGCGAUGAGGAUAGAAUGGAAAACCGUUCUCAGCGAUGCGAAUGCGAUCGGUGGUCCCGUGGUGUAGCGGUUAGCACUCAGGACUCUGGAUCCUGCGCAAGGUCUUCAAUACUUCGUCAUCGUCAAGAGGGCUUUGCGAUGAGGACAGAAUGGAAAACAGUUCUCAGCGAUGCGAAUGCGAUCGGUGGUCCCGUGGUGUAG